AUGCUUAUCAAGCACCUCGCUAUAAAAACAGGCAGCAAUAUCAUAGAUCAUAAAGAAAUUAAAAAACCUCCAAGAAAGAUUUCCAACCGCAGCACUCGCGGUCGCCCUAUCUUCAUAAAACCUGCUUACAAACAACUUAUUGUCCGAUUUGACAAACAAGCAGCAUAUGAUUAUUUCAUGAAUGAAAACUAUUGGAGCCUCGAAAUCGAGAACUUCGUAGUAAGAAUCUUACCUGGUAACCCCGAUGAUCCCGAAUAUAAGAAACGCACCAGUCAUUACUUCAAAAUCACUGGUCUCCCACUCAAUUCCACAGCUAAAGACAUUGAACCUCUUAUUAAACACGUCUACGGACGAACUUGUACAUUUACACAAACCACCAAAUAUUCAACCAUGAAAAAUGCCUAUAUUUACGUCUCACCAAACAAUUAUCCGACAGACGCGAUCAAUGGCGCCUCCUCACUUUUCGAAGGAUACAAUCUCCACGUCCUACCAGGACACCUUUCACUAAAGACAUGUAAUACUUGUGGAUCACCACUCCAUGAGGCAAAAAACUGCGACGACAAAAAUUUCGACAUCGAUCAAAACAAUCGAAAAAUCUUCAAAAAACGAUUUAUUAAUCGUAACGAAGAAAAAAUUGCAAUUAACGAAAACCACAGAGCUAGAUUUAACCAUGUCAUUACUCUGAAUGCAAAUAAAAGAUCUCCCACGAUGUCACAAAAUCCUAAACCCAACCAUACACCACCGCGCAACUACAACAACAAGAAUAACCAACAAUCAGGUAGCUUAUUAUAUCCACGACAGACCAAACAACCAUAUAAUAACCAUAAUAAUUAUGGCAACAAUAACAAGGAUUUAAAAUAUGAUAAUUCCUAUAUCGCCCCUCACCUGGACAAUCCCCAAGUGACCGAUAUCAAUCGUUCUGAACAACGAAUUACACAAUUGGAACAACAAGUCCAAUCCCUCUUACAGAGUGUUAAAACACUCCAAGAUGGAAAAUCUAAAGUCGAUAGUACUAUCGCCGAUAUCCAUCACAACCACAAUUUAAUGAGCUCUUCGCUCAAUGACAUCUCCACCAGACUUGACAAAUACGACACAAUUAUCCAACAACUCACGACUAAUAUUAAUUUACUUAGUCAAGAAAAGAUUUCAGAACAUAAAGAACGUAACGUCAAAACACCAAAAUGA